AUGCGAGAAUAUUUUGCCUAUACGAAAACAAACGGCGACCAAAAUGACUCACUUAAAGCCAGAAUUGACGCCAUUACAGCACGGCUUAAGACGUAUUUCAACGAUGGCCAAAUCAAACCCACUGGUAACAAAUUCAACCUUUCCAACACCGUGCAUUUCGGCAAAUAUAGUGAAAAUAAAUCGCAGGCCUCCAAUGGCAUCAAGUCCGUCAUUUCAAAAAUCGAGGACCUUCAGGAAGUGUAUCCCAAAGUUUCGAAGCUUGAGACUGAGCUUGGACAGGCGCUUGCGCCCUCGGAUCCUGGUCUGUCCUCCACCCUCGGCCCAGAUGUUACCGUUACCGACAGUGUUGCUGCUAGGGUGAAGGCAGGAGUCGACGCAGUAGACUUCACCAACCCACUCGAACCUCUACUCACCGAAGCAGCCGGGAAAGGUAUAGAGCUGUUAAAUGAAGAAGUGAAUAGAAUUAUUUCCAGCCACGUUGAUAACAUUGGACCUACGAUAGGAGAGCAGAUUGAUAGGCUGCAGAAACCCAAAGGCGCUGGCCAGUCGAACAAUGUUCAACAUUUCAUUGACGAGCUUCAAGAGAAGAUCGAUAAGCUCAAGCCUCUAGUUAGCGGGAUUGAUAAAUCUGCCGAAGGUUACAUGAAAGAUGAGGUCGGGUCCCUGAAAGACAAAGUUGCAGAUCUUAAAAGGCGCAUUGAGGAAAUUGAUAAGGCUAUUAAGGAAUUUGAUGAAGCUCUCCGCGGCGCAAUAACCGACGCCACGUUGGCCGUUAACACGGCGCCAGACUUUGACUGA